CACCAGUAUGGUUGCAAUAUUUGCUGCAUGACGGUAGGGUUCCGCCUUGUAAGCGCCAUGGCGCCAGCGGAGCAGGAUGUAGAUGCCAUAGCUUUGCAAGAGGAUGGUCUCAUUUGUGCUGAUGGCCGGCCUUUGACGGGUGAACUGGCGCGAAGCGCUGGAGUCUUUGGCGGUGGACCCUUGUUGGCGGCUGUGCAAAAGGCGCGGCUGUUCAAGGACUCCAAGCAUUUCGUGGACAUGCCGCUGAAGGAGGAUCCUGAGAUCGUGCUGGCGGAGUUCGAACGCUUGGAGAAGAAGACAGAGAAGGAAGUUCUGAGGAGCUUCGUGGAGAAAUAUUUCGAAGACGUGGGCAGCGACUUGGAUCCCUGGUCGCCGAGCGACUUCCAGGAGUCUCCACCGUUCCUGGCUCAUGUGGAGGAGAAGCGAAAGGCCUGGGCGAAGGCCUUGAACGGCCUUUGGGCGACCUUGGGCCGAAAGAGCAAGGCACACAGCCAGCAAAGAUGUAGCUCAUUGCCACUGCGAAAUCCCACAAUUGUGCCAGGGGGGCGCUUUUUGGAGACCUACUACUGGGAUACGUUCUGGGUGAUCCGUGGGCUUCUGGUGUGCAGCAUGGUGGAAACAGCCAAAGGUGUCAUCGGCAACCUGCUAGACUUGGUGAAGGACUUCGGGUUCAUUCCCAAUGGCACACGGGUUUACUACCUGGAUCGCUCACAGCCGCCCCUCCUUACAGAUAUGGCCAUGGCCAUUUUCGAUGUCACGGGCGACAAGGAAUGGCUGUCUCAAGUCCUACCACUGCUGAUCAAAGAAUACAACUUUUGGAUGAGCCCGGAGUCAGGUCAGGUAGUGCAACUGGAGAUCUCUGGAGAAAUGAGACACUUCAAUGUCUAUCACUCCCAGCGAAAAGGGCCUCGCCCUGAGUCGUACUUCGAAGACUUGGAAACGGCCCGGUCUGCCCGUGAGUCUGGCUUGGAGCCAAAGAGCGAAGAAGUGUUCCAGGGGCUGUGUGCUGGAGCGGAAAGUGGCUGGGACUUUUCCACCAGAUGGAUGGAUGACAGUGACGAAAAGCGCUUGUCAGAAGCCAGGUUGGAAACGAUCAAGACGCAUCACAUCGUUCCCGUGGACUUGAACUGCUUCCUGGUCCGGGUGGAGGAAGGCCUUGCCCGUGCCCAUGACCUGUUGGCGAACGAGAGCGGCGCCCAGAAGUACCGGGAUGCGGCGGCCAAAAGGAAGAAAGACAUCGAGGAGGUGCUUUGGAAUGAUGUCACGAAGUGCUAUCACGACUACCGACUGGACAAGGGCCGCUUCUCGAAGGUGAUUGCCCUCUCCAACUGGGCGGCACCGCUCUGGGCAGGGCUUCAGGGUCAUGAGGUGGAAGCCUUCCUCACCAGCCUUCAUGCCAGCGGUUUGCUCCAGACCGGUGGCGCGGCCACCACAGCUGUGGUCACUGAUGGCCGAACACAGUGGGAUGCGCCAAAUGCAUGGCCACCACUGCAGCACAUGCUGAUUGAAGGCUUGGAGCGCUUGGGCAGCGUCGCCGCAAAGGACUUGGCACAAGAGAUGACAGAGCGAUGGCUGCAGAGCUGCCAGAUGGCCUGGGAGAAGUCAGGCUUUAUGUACGAGAAGUACAAUGCUUCGAAGCCAGGAGAAGGUGGUGGAGGUGGUGAAUACGAGCCACAGGUCGGCUUCGGUUGGAGCAACGGUGUUGCCUUGGUGCUGUUGGCGAAGCACUCAGGCUGCCAAGAAGAGACAAGGCGUGUGACAGAGUGCGCGUGUUGUGUAAAUGCGUGCUUUGGCCAGGCCAAAGGAUGCAAAAACCAUUGGCAGAAGCCAGCACAAACCCAUAGUCACACACACACAUACGUAUUUCUGGCCUGCUAUGGAUGUCGACAAUUUGCUUCAGGCAUCUAGGAGUCAGUCACGCACUGGGCUUCUCGGUAGUUUAGCCUGUCCUGAGGAGGUGCACCCUGAGCUGACCGAACCGCCAAGCUGAGUCCGCCUCCGCCACGCUUUCGUUUCGCCACUGCGGGUGGAGUUCAGUAGCCCUGAGCUUGAUCGAACAUCGGGGCCGAAGUUGGUGGCGAAAGGUGCCAACUGUGCAUCGGGGCGUCCGCCUCCAUGAAGUCUUUUUAACCACCCCAAAACACGACAACUUUGCAAGGCAUGAGAGGCCACAGACCUCCACCUAGGUCUCUAGCUUCGUGCGAUUUGCAGCUUGGAAACGGGCCACCCUCCCAAAGAACCAGACAUGGAGAAUUGAUGAGAAUUGCGG